AUGCUUACUCUUCAGAGCUCCCAGGCCGAGCGUGGGUGCCGUGCGCAAGCUCAAUGCGGAGCGCCGGGACCCGAGGAUGAGUGUCUCGCGCACGCUCGUUACCCGGAGCGCACCACGCCGAGGCGGGUAUUGCGCAUGCUCGCUGCCCGGCCGAUCUUACUGGCUGCGGGCAAGUCGAAAUCGAUAAAUGGCAGUGGUGGCGGGGAAGUUGAGCUUUCGAGGCGAUGUGUAGUGAUUUUCGCAGGGCUGAGUCUGGAACGGAGAUAUAUCCAACAUAGUGCUGAUUAUAGACAAAAGGGUAUUCCUAGAAGUUUUACCCUUCUUGCCCGACUUGAAGGUAGAAGUUCCUUGAAAGAAAUAGAACCAUACCUGUUUGCUGAUGAAGAAUCACCUGUCCAUGGUGAUAUUCUUGAAUUUCAUGGUCCCGAAGGAACAGGAAAAACAGAAAUGCUUUAUCACUUAACAGCACGGUGUAUACUUCCAAAGUCAGAAGGUGGACUGGAAAUAGAAGUCUUAUUUAUUGACACAGAUCACCACUUUGAUAUGCUUCGACUUGUUACAAUCCUUGAGCAUAGACUGUCCCAAAGCUCUGAAGAGAUAAUAAAAUCUUGCCUUGGAAGAUUCUUUUUGGUGUACUGCAAUAGUAGCUCCCAGUUACUUACCACUCUUUACUCACUAGAGACUAUGUUUUGUAGCCACCCCUCUCUCUGCCUCUUGAUUUUAGAUAGCUUGUCAGCUUUUUACUGGAUAGACCGUGCCAAUGGAGGAGAAAGUAUUAACUUACAGGAGUCUACUCUGAAGAAAUGUUCUCAGUUUUUAGAGAGACUUGUUAAUGAGUAUCGCUUGGUUCUCUUUGCAUCAACACAAAGCAUCAUGCAAAAACACUCAGAUGCAACAGAAGGACCUUCUUCUGCCUUUCAGUGGCCAAGUAAUGAGGAUAUAGACUAUAGACCCUAUCUCUGUAAGGCAUGGCAACAAAUGGUAAAGCAUAGAAUAUUUUUUUCCAAACAAGAUGAUUCUAAAAGGAGCAACCAGUUUUCCUUAGUUUCACGUCACUUAAAAAGUAACAAUAUAAAAAGAUAUUUUUUUACUAUUGGAGAAAGUGGGGUUGAGUUUCCUUGA